UCUCGGGGGUCACACUGAAUGGCAGGAAGCCGCUGCAUCCGCGCAAAAUUAGCUUCGCACAGGCACCGGCACGGCACAGGGCACAAGUGACCGAAAGCGGCGAAGUCCACGGUGGCACCAGACACAGAAGAAAAAGAUUCAACGAGCACGUCGCCACGGUCGUCACCACGUUACUCUGUAUUCACUAGGCAAUUCCAAAAGUUACUGCCUGCGUGGUGGAAGCCAAGCGAGGACAUGUCGCGGAAAACUGUCGUGAUGUGGACAGCAUUAGGUAUCGGCACUGUCGUCGUGGUUUCCUUUGCUACAACAGCACUUUUACGGAAGCGAAAGAGAGCGAAGGCGAAGCGAGUGAUAGACACGGUAUUGGAACUCCAGAAGCCCUGUGUACGAAUGAAAGACCCUGAGCGUGUUGAAGAACUUGUCUGCAAAUUGAUUAAAGGGGGCCCAAAGAAACUCCAGGUUGUUACAGAUUUCGACAACACAAUUUCGAGGUCACAUUUCAAUGGAAAACCUUGCUGUUCAACUCAUGGAGUUCUUGAAUCCAGUCGAAUCAUCAACGAGGAGUACCGCCUACAGGCGCAGAAAUUGCACGACAAGUACUACCCAAUCGAAAUUAAUCCUCAUAUUUCGACAGAGGAGAAAAUACCUCAAAUGGUGGAAUGGUACUCGCGGUCGCACGCCAUUUUAGUCAGCUGCGGCAUGAAGAAGCAUGAUUUUCCUAAGCUUGUGGCAGACUCAUCGAUUAUGUUGAGGGAUGGCUGCGAGUCAUUUUUUGAGAUGCUGCACGAGCACCAGAUACCCACUCUGGUGUUUUCUGCUGGCCUUGGUGACAUUUUGGAAGAAGCAUUGAGGCAUUUCCAGUGCCACUUUCCCAACCUGAAGUUCAUCUCCAAUUACAUGCAGUUUGAUGAAGAGGGCAACAUCGUUGGCUUUAAGGGUGAGCUGAUUCACAUGUACAACAAGAACCGGAGCCAUGUGAGCAGUCCCGAGUACUACCAGGCAGUGAAGGAGAAGACCAGCAUCCUUCUCUUAGGAGACUCUCUUGGUGACCUUGACAUGCUUGCUGGUAGUCAGCUGCAGGAAGUGGUUCUUCGCAUUGGCUUCCUUAACAGCAGAAUUGAAGAACGCCUUCCACAAUAUUUAAAUAGUUUCGACAUUGUACUUCUCGACGAUCAAACGAUGGAUGUUGUAAAUGGAAUACUAAGAAAGAUUAUCUACUAGCACAAUAUCUCCAGACAAGAGCAAGACAGCUGCAAAGGGCUGCUACUCUUUUCUCAGCGUGGUGUCAGGCAGAGGGAAAGUGCUUCUGAAGAGGCUUCAACAGCAGAACAUGAAACAAGUUUGAAAAAUGCAUGCAACAGUAAUUCAAAAAACACAUGAAUUGUCAUCUGUGGUAGCUGCUGCCAGCACAGUGCAUGUGAACCAUGCAUUGCACCUGUGGUGAAGAGCUGUGAACGUAAAUGGUCACACUGUGUGGCAAAACUUUAUACUGUGGCUCUUCCACACCAUGUUUCAGUUUCAUAACUUGAUUUGUCAUCACAUUUUUGCAAGCUGCACUUGUUGUUAACACCAAAUUUAAGUUAGUUUGGCAAUUUCUUUGGAACUCUUGUAAAUUAUUUGCUUAGUCUGUGUAAGCCUGGUGAGACCUUCCCAUUCCCCCUUUAUUCUGAGCACAAGUGCGUUGGCCGUCUAGUCCCACAUUUUAUGAGCUUGCAUCAAACUUUCUAAUGGGCGUGCAACUGAGCAUGUUGUUUCUGAUCCUUUUUAAAUCUUUUAGGCUACUUACAUCUUUUAGUAUUCAUACCGCACAUUUCUUUGCUAGAAUGGAUGCUCCUUUAUGACUGCCUAUAUAUUAUGUUGCAAGAAAGAAAUCUGGUGGAGCUGCAUUUUCCACUGUCUGCCCGCUACAGCAGUGAAACUUGUGGAUGCAAGUACUAGCAAGUCUUGGUGUAUGUUAUUGUGCUUUUAUAGUAGGAACGCACAAAGUUUGUCUGUUCUUUUCCAUUCAUUUAAAAUUAUAGGGUUUUACGUGCCAAAACCAGUUCUGAUUAUGAGGCACGCCGUAGUGGGGGACUCCAGAAAUUUGGACCACCUGGGGUUCUUUAACGUGCACCUACUAAAUCUAGGUACACGGGUGUUUUCGCAUUUCGCCCCCAUCGAAAUGCGGCCGCCGUGCUUUUCCAUUCAUGAGUGCUGGGUUUUAUUAAGGCUGUUUAUGCUGGGUUUUAUUAAGACUGUUUUGGUGCCAGGUGGUAUUUUCUGCCUCAUGCAUUUUAUAGAGUGUUUUACAAACUCUGUUGAGGCACGUGGUGAAAGAUGUUUUGUUCCACAGAUUUUUAUUGUUUGGUCAAAUGUUCUAAAUUUGAAAAAUCUCCAAAAGAAGCUUCAUAUCAGCUACAUCAUUCACAGCUUUCUCUGUGAAUGAGACUUGGUACUGUAUCCUUGCACAUAUAUGUUCAUGUGCAGUCAUUUACCUUUGAGUUGUACUGUCUAUUGCAAGACCAGGUUCAUGUAUGUUUCUUCAUGCACAAGGAAGCAUAACAAUAAUUUGCACCUGCCACGGUGGCUCAGUCAGCUACGGCGUUGCGCUGCUGAGCACGAGAUCGCGGGAUCAAAUCCCUGCCGCCACGGCCGUAUUUCGAUGGAGGCGAAAUGCAAAAAACGCCCGUGUGCUUGCGUUGUAGUGCACGUUAAAGAACCCCAGGCGGUCAAAAUUAAUCCGGAGCCCUCCACUACAGCGUGCCUCAUAAUCAGAACUGGUUUUGGCACAUAAAACUCCAGAAAGAAGAAAAACAAUAAUUUGCAAAGAUAUCUGCGGCAGCUAUGUGGCAGCACUGCAGAACAGUGCAAGGAGCAUCUGCUGAGACUUCAUUGAAAAGGAAAAGUUGUCCUCUUUAUAGACUGUGAGCCCAGUAUAGGAUAAAGCCCAAUCAAUUGCACAGUGUACGACCAUGGCUGCCUGACUUCACUGUGAAGAGUGGAAAGCAGGUUAUUCACAUUAUGUUCUACCGCACCUUCAUGACCUGCCAUGUCAAGCUUAUGCUGGAGCACACUCCUAGAAUGAAAAAUGGUGUCCGUCUGUAUUGGAUGAUAUGGAGCUACAGCAUUUUUGAUACAGCAUUUUUGAUAUGGAGCUACAGCAGUUAUGCCUACCACGCACAAAUGUUCUUAUGGUACUCUCACUUUCUUUUGUUUAGUGCUAUGGCAAUACAACCUUGGACACACUUCAGCCUGCUCCAUGUCCAAUGCACAUGCUGUAUACAUUAUUGAGAAGCUGUUGAAUGUUUUACCGACUAUUCGUAGUGAACCUUUUUUUCCCUGAACUGCAUUUCAAGAUGUUGCGGCAUGCUACUAAUGAGUGUGCAAGAGACCGCAUGCUAUUUUGCUUCAUCUUUAUUUUGUGCUUGCAGCACAGUCGACAGGUACCGUCGGCAUGCUAAUGUACUGCAUAUUAGCAUGUCCAUUUCUGAUCGCUUUUUUCCCUUGUGUUACCUGUGUUUCAUUGCCUUUGUUAAUGUUGUUAAUGUUUUUUAAAAGCUUUGACAACUGAAAUUAAGGUCAGUGUUCUUAAAGCCAAUUGGAAAAUGCCGCUAAGUAUGUAGCAAUUUAUUUGAAAACUUUUGGUGGAGUUCAAUCUGUCAAGCAUUUUGGAAACUGUCACUGAGUGUGACAGCAAUGGAGCAUUACAAUACUGUGACAAGCUGUGCCUACUGCAUCUGGAGUGCGAACGAAACUUGCAACACUGCUCAUGACACAUCUGCCAUGUUGCACUGAUAUUGGAGUUUUAUCCAGAUGUCGCAUGAUGGCAAUGCCACACAUCAAGAAAGGAAUAAAGUGGUAAUAGAAAGAAGUGAAAUAUUUUUGUGCUUGAAAAUGUAAUGCAUAUUACUACAGCUGAGCCACCUAGAAUGUGCAACUAGGUGGUACUCAAGUAUUGAAAGCUAUAACUGAAGGUUUUCUAGCUAACUUGUUAUCAUAAAUCUUGUUAUCAUAAAUCUACCAUUUUUUUAACCAUUUGUAUUAUGAUGGGCUCUGCCAAAAUAAAUGGAAACAUGUUAAUUUGAACCAUAAAUUGCUGAGACAUACUGAUUGUGCUUGUUGGUCCGUUUAGUUCUGCACCAAGUGAUUUGCACUGAUGCUGUAAGUGCUGCACAGUUUAG